UCUCGUGCUCGAGUCGAGAGGCACUGUGGGUCCUCGCGACGUCUUAAAUGAACUUUCACGCCCGCGCUGUUUCUCGAGUCGUUUUGUAUUUUACUUUUUAAUUCUAUUUGAGCAUUUUUAAUAUUUUUUUAUUAAUAUUUUUUUUUUUACUUCGAAUAUAAUAUAGUCCACCUCUUUAUUUAACAAGUAAAAAACUAAUUAGGCCCCCCCUGUGAAUGAGUGAAUUCGUCCUUUCACGCCGCUUCUGCUUCACUCCCGCCCGGGUUCGUUGGGUUUUGGAACGCCGGCUGGAGAGUUGUUUUUUAUUUUUUUUUACCUGGAGACUCCGAGCUUCGUACGUCCAGGUGAAGCCUCGCACGGUUCCGCUACAAGGCGGGGGAGCCGCUGAAAGUCGUCGGCAAUGAUGGCGCGAGUGACCGCUUCCCUGAGGGCUGCGAUUCUUGUCGUCACCCUCCUGUCAGCUGGUUCCAGUGAACAUGACCUUUUCCUGGAGUUUUGUGGCCAAUGGCGCCACGGCAAGGGCCCCCUGAGCCUGGACAUCAGCGUCUCUCAAGGCUGUGCUGGGAUCAGUGUAACGGCCAACGAGAGCUCUCUGUCCGUCAAAGGAAGCAUCACGGCCAAGUGUCAAAGGACCGAUGUGAUUCCUCUGGACAGAUCCGGGUUUGGUUCGCAGGGGGACACGGACUUCUGUUUGCUCUGGGAGCCUCUGCUGGACCAGAUAAUGCUUAAGGUUGGUGGAAGAACCCUCAUUCUUUGCCCUCCUUCAAGUCCUGCCGAAAAGUGUUGCACCGACCUGAGUCAGGGCCUAAAUUAUCCCGAAGCAAGCUACGGCAUCGUCAACGGAAGAAUCCGCACUGAUCACAUCUCACACAAAACCAUGAUGGGCUACAACUUCACUGGACUGACCACCGGCUGCAAGGUGCUGUGUGACCAAGCCAACGAGACCUAUGUGGAAGGGUUUCAGGGCACUAAACAUCCCUGCGCUCUGAGGUCAGAAGGAGCGAUGAGCAGAAGUUUCACGGGUCAGACCUUCACAAAUGUCAAAUGGGACAAACAAGAGUCCAGUACAACCGUCUACAUCCCUCCUAGUAUGGGGCUAGCCACCAAGAGAGCCAGCGCAGUGUCCGUAACGUUCUACAAGAACAACUCCCUGUUCGAGGCGGGCUACAACGAGGUCAAGCUUCUCAGAGACGUGGUGGAAAUCACAGUGGGCAAUGAGGUCAUCGCCAAUCUGUCUGAGCCAAUAAAGAUCGUCUUCAAACACGAUGUCAUAUCUCGGAAACAUAAAAGGAGGUGUGUUUCCUGGGACACUCGGAAAGAUCCUCUGAAGGUGAACUGGUUGGUGGAUGGAUGUGAGACGGUCAAGAAUGGAGACCAAAACACGCAGUGCCUCUGUGACCACCUGACUUAUUUCUCCGUGCUGGUGCAACUGGAGCCUGGACCAGUGCGCCAUCUGCUGCCACUCACUGUCAUUACAUCUGUAGGCUGUGCUGCGUCGUUCUUCAGCUGUAUCGCCGUCAUGGCCUUUUUCUGCAGGAACAGGAGACGAUCAAAGGAGCAGUCGGUAGCCAUCCACCUCGGCUUGGCUUUGUCCCUGGCCUUCCUCAGUCUGCUCUUCUUCUUCACCGGGGUGCUGGUCAGUGCGGAAGGGAAUGUGUGCACCUGGGUGGGGGCCAUGCUCCACUACGCCCUGCUCAGCUCCCUUACCUGGAUGGGGAUAGAAGUGUUUAACACCUUCUGGUUGGUCUACAUGGUGUUCAGACCCUCGCCACGGCCCGCUGUGUGGUACCUGAUCGGUUUCGCUUUCCCUGUUGUUCCUGUCGUUGUCCUGGCUGCUGUGGGAGAUAUUUAUGGCGUUCUAGAGAUUGCGAACGCUGACGAUGUCUCCGAGCCUUAUCACAUGUGCUGGAUGAAAAUAACUGAGCCGAAGGCCUUACUGGCUCACUGUUUGACCACCAUGACACUCCUAGCCGUCCUGGUGCUUUCUGGGAUCAUCAUGCUCUUCCUCGUCUACCGGCAGAUCCGCUGCAGGGAUGAAUGGAAGCAGAACCGAGUGGCUUUUUUCAGCAUCUGGGGUCUGAGCUGCCUCUUUGGAACAACUUGGGGUCUGACCUUCCUGAAAUUUGACCCACUGGCAGACUUUAUUCUCUUCCUCUCCUGCUUCCUCAACUCUUUUCAAGGUUUCUUCCUGAUGCUGAGGUUCUGCAUGUUGGACUGGAUCCGGAAACAGGCCGACAGGUCGGUUCUAAGCAGAACCAGCUCCGGAUCUGCCAAGCAACACAUGCUGCAGCCCAGCGAGAAGAGUUGACCGCUCCAAGUAAAAGCUGUGAUGUCGAAAACUGCAACCAAAUCCAAGCAGUCAACUCGUGUAUGAAAAAAAUAAUAAUCCAGUCUACUACUGGACCAUAUCGUUCUAAAUAAAAAAUUGACUCCAGUGUUAUCAGGUCAGGUGGAGGUAUGUGAGAGAUUGUUAUGCUGUGAUGUUGUCACAGGACACAUUGGCAACCAGCUGGAUUGGUUGGAAGAAGCACACUGAGCUUCUAAAGACUGAUGGAAUCACACUGAGACAGAGUUAAGUGGUAAAACCACAGAUUUGGUGUCAGAAUUGUGAUGAAAUCAUGUCAUAGCCUUAACAAACUACUGAUUGUAUCUCAUUUAACUUAAAAGGGAUUAUUAUAUAGAAUAGAAUGUUAUUCAAACGCGUCUAUAUCAGGUUUUCUUCAACAUCUUUGUAAUCAGCAAACCUGAAUCUAAUAUAUCAGCCGUAAUAAUAUGACUCAUAAGAAUUAGAUCAGCUUUCUGCCUCAGGAAGAGGUCUGACCCGUCUGGACUUUGGUAAAGAACAGGCUGUUCCCUGCAAGGGUCUGGUACACAUAUGUCAGCAAUAAGACUCUUUGGGUUGUGAGGGAUGAUUGUUUUUGAUGGACUUCCAUCCCACAGAUCUCAUCAGAUGUAGAGCUUGGAGGUUUUCAGAACAAAUCCAAGGCAACUUUUUGAUACCAGUCAGGUGAAAGUGACAUUUCUAGGGGAGUCCAUCUAACUUCUAGCAUAAAGGGCUACCAUUGGUCAGUAAUAACGGUCAAAUGUUAUAGAGCUACUAGGAGAAAUCGGCUGUUGACCAGAAUCUGACAGCUUUCAGCUUGAAGGGCCCUGACCUGUGGCUGGCCUGUCGGGAAGUCAAAAACCUUUUAGCAGUCAGUUAAUACACCAUAACUAAGCUCUACAAGGUCACACUCACCGCACUCUUCGGCGUGGACGCUGUUACCGAGUGAAAAAGACUUCAACUGAUUUGUUUUCAGUAUCGGUGA